AUGAAAUAUAGUCUAGGAACUGCAUCGUGUAUUCAACCUGUUGAUUCUAAUAAUUCCGUAAUAUUUAAUAAUGACAGAGAUAUAUUAGCAGUAGCACCUGCUGAAAAAAACAAAUUAAGUUCAUUAUUAAUAGAAAAAAAUAUCGAAACACUUGCUUUUUCACAUCUAUUUCCUGAUGGUAAAGGUUCAUGUGAUGAAGAAAGAAUCACUAAGCUUAAUGGGAAAGAAUAUUGCAAAGCACGACUUUUCUCUGCUGAUUUAUGUUUCGCAUCUGAUGCAAGUUAUAUUUUUUACUUGCAAUAUCUUGGUAAUUUGAAACAAGCAUUUUCAGGAAGUAAUAUUGCUUUGCGAAAAAUGCUUCCUUUGACAGCUAGUCAAAGUAACGACGAGAAUCAAUUAAAAUUUCUUUUUAAAAAUGACAUCAUUUAUCGUUAUUUACAAUCUGUACAUGGAAGUCCACAAUUUUGGUAUGAACGCUUGAAAGACCUUUUCAGUAUGAAUCGUCAGUUAGAUAUCCCGACAUUGUUCAUCACAUUGUCAUGUGCUAAUAUGCGGUGGAAAGAAUUCCUUGAUGUAAUGGCUCGAGUCAAUGAACAAGAAGUGAAAGAAAACUACUCAUUUCAGGAAAAGAUAAUCUUAUUUGCACGAAUCCUGUCAUAG